AUGCCUCCUGAUCCAAAGGACGCGCCGUUUCCCACCAAGCAGCUCAUUAUUCUCGGAAUAUGCCGAUUCUCCGAGCCUCUCGCUUUCAACUCUAUCCUGGCCUACUCCUCCCUCAUGGUCCAGGAUUUGGGAAUUGCCAGACAUGAUGCUUCUUUCUACGCUGGACUCUUGGUGUCAGCUUACGCCAUCGCCGAGGCCAUGACAGCCCCAUUAUGGGGAAUGGUUUCUGAUGUCUACGGCCGGAAACCUGUGGCGCUCAUUGGCUUGCUCGGUGUUGCCCUGUCAAGUCUGUUGUUCGGUGUUGCGCAGACGUACUGGGUCGCGUUGCUUGCCCGCUUUGUUGGUGGUGCAUUGAACGGAAAUGUCGCAAUUAUGCAAACCAUGGUCGCUGAGUCGGUCAAGAACCCAGCCCACGAGCCGCGCGCAUAUGCGACACAGCCCUUCGUCUGGACGGUGGGCGGUAUCAUCGGUUCAGCAAUGGGUGGCUUCCUCGCCCAACCAGCACGACUUUACCCCCAUGUUUUCGACAAGCAUGGCCUCUUCGGACGCUACCCGUAUCUUCUACCUAACCUUAUCGCGGCUGUCGGAAUCUUGCUCGCUAUCCUCCAGGGUAUGAUCUUCUUGGAAGAAACACUUGUCCGCGAAGAAAAGUCAGAGGGAGAAAAUGGUAUUGCGGACCACCAUGACUACCACGACCAUCUUGAUACCAUCAAUGAGACUCCUGCAAACGAGCGAAGUCGUCUUCUUGGGCCACCCGCAAACCACCCACAUGCAAACCGAGAGGCCCGAGGCUCAACCGCUGGCUCUAUGCGCCACCGUGGUUCCAUCGCCAGCUAUACGCGCGACAGGUUGGCCUCCAUAUCUGUUCAAGGCAGCAUUCGACAAAUCCGCAAACGAGCUUCUUUCCUGGAGGAGGGCAUGCCCAUGCCCUUCGACCAAAGGUUUGAUAUCCGCCGCUCGUCUUUUGGAACCAUGCAUUCGAUCAAGAUCCAGCAGGAUGUGCUACCCAUGCGUGGCGGACCGACUCCGAAACCCCGAAAGACUUUCAAUCGGACUGUGGUCAUGAUCGUUCUCGCCAUGUCCAUUUUUGCUUUCCAUCAGAUGGCUUUCAUUUCGAUUCUGCCGGUUUACAUUCUUGAUGUGCCUACGUCGAAUGGCCUGGAUUUCCAAGGCGGACUAGGAAUGGACUUGCCCGAUGUAGGAAAGUUCCUCACGGUCAACGGCUUCAUCACGCUCUUCGUCCAGGGCUUCAUCUUCCCUAUAUUUGUCGAAUGGGCUGGUGUUUGGAACUCAUUCAUUUGGAUGAUCAUUCUUUACCCGAUCACUUACCUCAUGGUACCCUUCAUUAGCGCCCUUCCCAACGAGCUUGAGACCCCGGGUGUCUACGUUUCGCUUUUCCUGCAGGCGUUCUUCGGUAUCAUCGUGUUCCCAUGCGCCCUGAUUUUGAUGAAGAACGCCGUACCAUCGCCCCUUGUCCUUGGUCGCGUUAACGGCAUCGCCAUGUCGGCCUGCUGUCUGGCGAGAACAAUCUCUUCUCCACUCAUUGGACUGAUCUACUCACUCGGAGGAUCUGCGGCAGCUUGGUUCGCUCUUGCUGCUGCAGCCAUCUUUGGCAUGAUCCAAUUAUUCUGGGUUCCCAAGGAGGAUGUCGGUGCCGUCCAAAUUGACAACGGCCUCAAAAAGGUUAUGCAUCAUGAUAUGGACGAGGAUGCGGUAGACGACAUCUCCAUCAUUGAGUCUGUACGAUAA